AUGGAGGAGAUCGAUAGGGCUAUACGGGCGCUUAAAGCUGACAUCGAACGCAGCAACGUCAACGGAGGCGUCAAUGACGCUUUCCACAACUUUGCUCUAUACCUCGUUCUUUUGAAAUCUUCCUCUCCUUCCUUGCAAUCGACAUCCAAGCUUUGUGAAAUCCUUCGUCAAUCGCCGCUUCCCCUGUAUGCUGCCGUCCCCAGGCCUGCGCUCCAGCUUUCUUCUGCGAUUAUGUGCAAGAUCAUUGACAACUUAAGGACUACUCCGCUAGUGAAAUCACAACCUACUCAGUUAAUUGUUUCAUGGAAUGAAACUGCAGCUGCCCUCUUAUCGGGUGUCUUGGAUUCAUCCUCGGCACUUCUGCAACAAACGCAGGUGAUUGCAUUUUCCCUGCUACGUGAUACACUUGCCAAGCAUCCGGGCAACCAACGGAGGCUGCGCGACCAUGCAGUUCUUGGAUGGUCGUUCAUUGGCAUGGCAAUCUCGCAGUCCAAGGAUUACCUUGUAAUUGACGCCCUGCUGGAUCUCGUGGGGUUGCUGAUGCCAUCAAAUAAAACGGAGGAAGGGAAAGAGAAACGGACGACGUUCAUCAAAGAGCUUUUUGGCUCCAUGAAGCAUUUUAGUUGCAGUUUCACGUUAGUUGAUAGCAUCCUCCAGUCUAUUGAGGGAUCAUGCUGGGAAGAUACUUCCAUGAAGGUCAUGGACGCUCUGGCUCGAAGUGAUAUCACAUUUGUCAUAUCCCGCAUUCCGGACCAACAUCUGACGACGUUCCCACGCCUCAUCCGGACCUCCGGACCUCCGGACCUCCUGUCCAUGUCUCCAGACCCAAUCCUCUAUCCGUCCGGAUCCCUGUACUCCUGCAUCUGAUAUCCGGACGCCAGAUCUGAUAUCCACAUCUCCGGAUCUCCGGAUCCGACCUAUCUGUCAUGUCCGAAC